AGACUCAGAGCAUCCAGAUCUUGCAUCCAGAAGAAGCUUCCCCAUUCACAUACAGCACUCUCUCUCUCUCCCCCUCCCCCCUCCGUCUCUCUUUCUUUCUUUGGCAAAAGACCAAAAACAAAGUUAGAAAUGAAUUGGUUGAAGAUAAGAGACAGAACCACACACAGAAAUUCACAAUGAAAUCUAUCUUUUUGGUUAUUGCGGCAUUACUGAUCUUACCACCUACCACACCUCAACAACAUUCUGCAAUUACUAAUUUUGACAAAAACCCCAGGAGAAUUCUGCAUCAACCAUUGUUUCCAGUCACUCCAGCUCCACCACCAGGGUCUCAACCACCGCCUCCGUCACCACCGCCGCCGGAUAGUCCGGUUUUCCAAAACCCAGACCAGCCUUUCUUCCCUGAAGUCCCAGCUGGGCCUACCCCAGAUCAGACCCAACAAUCAUCUCCACCGUCAGGAUCCACAAAUGGCACAAUCCCAAUUGCAGCAGCUACACAGACACCAAAGCCAGUCAAAAAAGUUGCAAUUGCAAUCUCAGUUGGGAUUGUCACUUUGGGAAUGCUAUCAGCUCUCGCAUUCUUUCUUUAUCGUCACCGGGUGAAGCAUCCAGGGGAGACACAAAAGCUCGUCGGAAGCAAUAAUUCUCAGAGUUUCACAGAUGAAUCAAGAGCACCCCCAUCGAGUUUCUUGUAUAUAGGGACUGUAGAGCCGAGCACGACAUCGUUUACUGAAGAAAAUGGAACAAAGGGGGCUAAUGGGUCGCCUUAUGAUAAGCUUAACUCUGUUAAGAGAUCCGAUCGGUACCGGCCUAGUCCGGAUUUGCAACCACUCCCACCACUACAAAAUCCUCCUUCUCCUCCUCAGGAAGAAAAUAACAAUUCGAGCUCUUCCAGGUCAUCCUCGUCCGACGAGGAGAGUCAUGGCACAGCAUUUUAUACUCCGCAGGGCUCUUCUAUUAGUACCGUAAGCAAUGAUGAUGGCUACUACACGCCGAUGUCAGUUUCACGUCCGGCUAGCGGUUCUAAUUACAAUCAGAUGGCGGUUUGCAAUGAUAGUAGCUCUGUGCCUCACUCAAAGAGAACAUCGCCUCCUCAUUCGAAAAGAACCUCCCCUAAAUCACGGUUUUCGGUUUCUUCUUCACCUGAGAUGAAGUAUGUUAUCAUUCCAACAAUAAAGCAGCUUGUGCCACCACCGUCACCGCCACAGGCAGUGCCACCGGCUCGACUACAAGGCUCUCCAGAACAAGAUAGUCAGCCAACAAUUCCCUACUCAAAACCAAAGUUUGCAUCACCGCCACCGCCACCUAAUAUGGCUGCUCUUCGAACACUUCAUAAUCAAUCCCCACAAAGACGGAAAAUCCCAGUUCCUCCACCUCCUCCUCCUCCUCCUCCACCACCGCCACCAGCAAUGUCUACUCCGCGGAAAGCAGGAGAGACCAGUAUUUCGGCAAUGCCUAAAAAAGUAUUGGCAAAGCCAUCAUGGACUCCGAGUCCCAGAGCCUCUUCUAGUGCUGAAAGUACAAAGUCUGUUGAAGAAGUUAACAGAAGUGCUAGUUCCUCAGAGAGGAUUGAUGCCGAUGACAAUGAUGGAGCAAAACCUAAGUUGAAGCCUCUGCAUUGGGACAAAGUGAGGGCAACCUCGGACAGAGCCACGGUGUGGGAUCAGCUCAAAUCAAGCUCAUUCCAAUUGAAUGAGGAUAUGAUGGAGACUCUUUUCGGUUGCAAUUCAACCAAUUCGAUCCCGAAAGAAACUACAAGAAAAUCAGUUCUUCCUCCUGUUGAACAAGAAAACAAAGUGUUGGACCCAAAGAAGUCGCAGAACAUUGCUAUAUUGUUAAGAGCAUUGAAUGUAACGCGAGAUGAGGUGACUGAAGCUCUUCUAGAUGGAAAUCCAGAAAGCUUGGCUGCUGAGCUUUUGGAAACCUUAGUAAAGAUGGCUCCAACAAAGGAAGAAGAAAUAAAACUUCGGGAGUACAGUGGUGACAUCUCAAAAUUAGGGUCUGCAGAACUAUUUCUUAAGGCAGUACUUGAUAUCCCCUUUGCCUUUAAAAGAGUUGAAGCCAUGUUGUACAGAGCCAAUUUCGAUACCGAAAUAAAAUAUCUAAGGAAAUCUUUCCAGACCCUUGAGGCAGCAAGUGACGAAUUGAAGAACAGCAGCUUGUUUCUCAAACUCCUGGAAGCUGUUCUUCGGACAGGAAACCGGAUGAAUGUUGGCACAAACCGCGGCGAUGCUAAAGCUUUUAAACUCGAUACACUCUUAAAGCUUGUAGAUAUUAAGGGGACAGACGGGAAGACCACCUUGCUCCACUUUGUGGUCCAAGAAAUUAUUAGAUCCGAAGGUGCAAGUAGUAAUACAACAAAUGAGAAUAUCCAAAAUAAUACAGAGUCCAGAAUGAAGGAGGAUGAUUUCAGGAAACAAGGAUUGCAGGUUGUGGCUGGACUGAGUCGAGACCUCAGCAACGUCAAAAAGGCAGCAGGGAUGGACUCAGAUGUCCUUCGCAGCUAUUUGUCAAAACUUGAACUGGGGCUUGAGAAAGUUCGAGUGGGUUUCCAACAUGAGAGGCCAGAAAUGCAGGGGAAAUUCUUCAGCUCAAUGAAGAUGUUUCAAAGCGAAGCUGUAGAGGAAAUCUCCAGGAUCAAGGCUGAUGAAAGAAAGGCUUUAGCACAUGUGAAACAGGUUACAGAAUAUUUUCAUGGGGAUACAGGAAAGGAGGAAGCCCAUCCUUUUCGGAUUUUCAUGAUUGUGAGAGAUUUCUUAAACAUACUGGAUCAUGUGUGCAAGGAAGUAGGAAAUAUGCAGGACAGAACUAUGGUAGGUUCUGCCAGAUCCUUCCGCAUAUCAGCAACUGCUUCACUACCAGUUCUGAACAGAUAUAAGGUGAGACAGGACAGAAGUUCAGAUGAGGAAAGUUCAUCUCCUUGAUACUCCAUGGACCCCUUUAGAAGGAUGAUCGUAUAAGCUGAUACUCGCAUGAUCAUAGACUAAUUUUGAAUUGCAGUAUAUAUGUUAUUCAGAAUGUGGAGUAGAACAAUGAGGACUCUGGGAAUUUUGUUGGGAAGAAGUAGAAAGGUCCCAUAGGCAAGCAAAUCCGAGUUCAGAGAGGGUGCACUUGGCUAAAUCCAUGGACAAACACUUCUUUUUCUGUUCAGACUAGCCGAUGUGCAAUCUCCACAGGUCAGAAAUUAUACAAGAUGAACAAUUGUAUUAAGAUUCUAUCAGUAGCAAGGAAAGGGAAUUGAUGGGAUUUGCCAUUCAGACUCAACACUGAAGCACUAAAUUACCUGGAGGAAAUUUUUUACAGAGAAUGAUUAUAAUUUGUCUGCUCCAAUACAUGUGCCACAAUUUUAGCUGAGUUUCAGCAUCUUUUUAGAUCAGAUUCCUAUACCAUUUUAGAAGUAGAAUGUUUUGAUCUUGCUCAUGAGGAUGUUAUCUGCAUUUAUUUGACAAUUACUAACAAUUACAUCAUUUUUCACCA